CACGAAAUACACCCCCCGUCUUCCCCGGUCUCCGCCUCCUGUCUCCCGCACGGGCACACCACCACCGAUGCUCCCUCUCCUACUCCUCGUCGCCGGCGCCGCCUCGACAGCGGCGGCUUCUGGGGACGGUUGCCGCGUAGGCUGCCCACUGGCCCUCGCCGCGUACUACUUCUCGGCGGAUUCCAACCUCACCUUCAUCGCCUCCCUCUUUGGCUUCGACUACACAGCGCUGCUCCCCUACAACCCCGCCAUCACAGACUCGAACUACAUUGUCACCGGAGUCCGCGUCAGCGUCCCUUUCCGCUGCUCCUGCCUCGCGCUCCUCGCCGCGCCCGGCUCCACCACUUACCUCGCGGGUUCCCUCCCCCCUUACGCCGUCUCCCGCGGCGAGACCUACGACGACGUCGCCUCGGAAUUCGCCAACCUCACUACCUCCGCGUGGCUGAAGGCCACCAACGCGGGCCCGUCAGAUAAGGUACCCGGCGCUGGGACGGUCAAUGUCACCGUGAACUGCUCGUGCGGCGACGAGAGGGUGUCGCCGCGGUACGGGCUGUUCAUCACCUACCCUCUCUGGGACGGGGAGACUCUCGCCUCGGCGGCGGAGCUGUACGGGUUCUCGUCGCCGGCACAGAUGGAGCUGCUCAGAAGGUAUAACCCCGGGAUGGACGGGGUCUCCGGGAAGGGGAUUGUGUUUAUCCCGGUGAAAGAUCCUAAUGGCAGUUACCACCCUCUAGAAUCAGGAAAUAACCUUUCUGGAGGAGCAGUGGCAGGAAUUGUGAUAGCCUGUAUUGUUGUUUUUGUCAUGGUCAUCUGGUUGUUUGCCUUUUUUUAUAGGCAGCACAAAUUCAGACAGCCUGUACUGCUUCCAUCUCCGGAUGAGCCUGUCCAACUUGGUAAUGCUUCGCAAGCUGAGGGCAUUAAGGUUGAUAGAUCCAUUGUGUUCUCAUAUAAAGAACUUUUCAAUGCCACUCAGGGCUUUAAUAUGGAUCAUAAAAUCGGUCAAGGUGGUUUUGGCGCUGUUUAUUAUGCUGAGCUUCAAGGCGAGAAAGCUGCCAUAAAGAAAAUGGAUACACAGGCAACUCAAGAAUUCCUUGCUGAACUGAAGGUUUUGACGCACGUCCAUCACUUGAAUCUGGUGCGCUUGAUUGGUUAUUGUGUUGAGAAUUGCCUGUUCCUUGUUUAUGAAUUUAUUGAGAACGGAAACCUUAGCCAGCAUCUGUGUGGGACUGGUUAUGAACCUCUCUCGUGGGCCACUAGAGUGCGAAUCGCCCUUGAUUCAGCAAGAGGCCUCGAGUAUAUUCAUGAACACACUGUUCCAGCGUAUGUUCAUCGAGAUAUCAAGUCUGCAAAUAUCCUGAUAGACAAGGACUUCCGAGCAAAGGUUGCAGAUUUUGGACUAACAAAGCUUGCAGAAAUUGGAGGUACAUCACAGCCUCUUCCUACACGAGUUGUUGGUACAUUUGGUUACAUGCCUCCAGAGUAUGCCCGAUAUGGUGAGGUUUCUCCUAAGGUGGAUGUCUUUGCUUUUGGUGUUGUCCUUUAUGAACUUAUUUCAGCCAAAGAAGCUAUUGUGAGAUCAAGUGAAUCUAUCAGCAGCGCAAAAAGCCUGGUUUAUUUGUUUGAGGAGACUCUGAGCACGCCAGACCCCAAGGAAGCUCUUCAGGAACUGAUUGAUCCAAAUCUAGGAGGGGACUAUCCUAUUGACUCGGUUGUCAAGAUCGCGUACCUAGCGAAGUCAUGCACUCAUGAGGAACCCAGGAUGAGGCCUACAAUGAGAUCUGUCGUGGUUGCUCUCAUGGCGCUCUCAUCCGAGGACCAAGAGCUAAGUCUGGAGCAGGAACUCUUUCCCAGAGAACCGAGAUCUGGUUAGCAUGAUAGCAUGGUACCGUGGGGAUACCUUGAUCGUUACAUGGCGAACGUGCUUGUACUUAUGUACUAUAUUUGUAUAUAGUACAUUAUAUUUAGACUUACUUCUUCAUCUAAAAAAGUUAGACUUACUUUCCAGAGGAAGAUAAUAAAA